GAGAUCAAAUGCCAUUCCAUCUGCGGUUUUUUGGAGCAAAUAGUAAAGGAAUCGAAUUGAUUUAUCAACAGUACAAUAUCAUGUUCGGAAAUGCUGUAAAUCUUUGUUUCAAAGUAUGUAAAGAAAAUUGGUGGUGUGGUGCACUUCGAAAAUGUGCUGAUAGACCCCAGUUAUUCCAGUGUGACGUGGUCUGCCAGUUCAAUAGUUUAGAAAACAGAAAUUACAGACAUGGGGAUGAAAGAUGUGCUACAUUUCAGGUAGAUCCGAUUGGUCCAAAUGUUGCAGCUAACAGGACUGUCAGCCUAGUACGCAAUCGUCAUUUCCAUGUCUUUCAUGCUGAAUACGCAACGGACACUGUGACAAUCUGUCCAAAUAAUCGCCUGUUUUUCCACACCCGUUUCACAGUCGAUCCCUGGAUCCAAAUAAACCUCGGUCAAUCUACAGAUAUUGCUAUGGUUGUUAUUUACAACAGACAGACGAAAGAAGGUGAGCGGUUCCAAAACGCCCAGAUUGAAGUUGCAGAAAAUAAUGUUUGGAGACCCUGUGGAGUUUACAAGGGACCAGGGGUGAACUAUCAAAUAAUAUUUGUCAUAUGUAAUGAAGACGUACGAGGAGACAUCUUACAGAUAUCAGUAAAGACUGCGCCGGGAGCAAGAACGGCUAUCCAUCUAUGUGAAGUUGAGGUCUUUAACAGGGUAUAGACAACGCAUAAUACAAAUCAAUCUUGCUGUUUCCUUAAAAUGUGAAUGAAUUUACUAACUCGAAGUAUUUUGUG